AUGGUUGCAACGACUUGUCGGGGUUUUCCAAGCCCAAAUCAAAUUCUGCAAAGAACUGUCUCGUCGAUUGACUCUGCGAAGCCAGUGCUCAGAUUCACCCAUCCGGCCUUCGACCCGUACUUUGAAGAUGUCAAGAUCACCGCAUCUUCCACACUCGAGCCGCCAAACGCGUCCAAAAUCUUUCGAGAGGCGACACACUGGCACAAUUCCAAGACCUUAUCGAAGCAGAAGCACAAGCCGCUAGACAAGUGGGCCUUGAAGCGUCACCAGAGGUUUAUGGCGUCCACGAAAAGGUACGCCGACAGCCUUAGCACCACUGGUCCGGAAACCGUCGUUUUGUCUCGCAACGGAACCCUGAUGGCUAUACCAGCGUGGAAACAGCAGCUGAGGCAGUUGUCGAGUGCCAAAAAUAAACAAGGCCGAGGAAAAGAUUUGCGUGCAGUCCCAGCCUUGGCUCCCCGGUCGACGGAAUUGGCAGCAGCGGAACAAGGAUGGGCGAUCGAGAAGCAGGAUCUAGAGAAGGGGCCCAACCUGCACAGACGACUUGAAGCGGCAAAGCUCUAUGAGUCUAAUUUCGACUAUAAUAAGGACCUUAUCGGCGACGAAGUAUCGCUAUAUAUAUGCUCACUCCUCCUAGCCAUUUUUGAGAAGAAUGUCAAGCUAGGACAGAACAGCAAACUAGCCGAUAUCAUCGCAAAAAUCUGGUCGAGACUUGUCGUCCUAAAGUCCAAAGGUCUGCCACAUAAAUUGUCCUUGGAGCUGAGCAAGCUGGCCGACGGAAUCCAAGCCUCGACGGAGAAGGCGAGGGUUCAGGGCCUGUAUCAGGGACCAACCUCGAUCGAGCACCAACUUGAGCAUUAUGGGCCACAGAUGGAGCGCGGCUUCGAUUCGGCGCCAGAUUCGCGUGUCGCAUUCAAGCCAGACGCAUGGCAGCGCAAAGUACUUGAUGCCAUCGACGCCGAUAAGAGCAUCUGCGUCAUCGCGCCGACCUCUACCGGCAAGACGUUCAUCUCAUUCUACGCCAUGAAGAGGGUGAUGCAGAGCAGCGAUGAUGACGUUCUCGUUUACGUUGCACCCACCAAAGCCCUUGUCAAUCAGAUCGCCGCCGAGGUACACGGCCGGUUCAAGAAGAACUUCAAACAUCCGGAAAGCAGAAGUGUGUGGGCCAUCCACACCAGGGAUUAUCGCGUCAACGACCCGGCGGGGUGUCAAGUUCUUAUUACGGUGCCACACAUUCUACAGAUCAUGCUGCUUUCAUCGCCCAACGCGGAGAAGCAGAGGUCGUGGGCUCAUCGGAUCAAGCGCAUUAUUUUUGAUGAAGUUCACUGCAUUGGGCAAGCAGAGGAGGGUGUCGUCUGGGAGCAGCUACUCCUGAUGGCGCCCUGCCCAAUUGUUGCCUUAUCAGCUACAGUGGGAAAUCCAGAGGAGUUUGUGGCGUGGCUGAGAGAGUCUCAAAAGACCAAAGGACACGAAAUGGAGUUGGUGAUGCAUGCCGCCCGCUACUCCGAUUUGCGCAAGUAUAUCUACAAGCCAUCGUCCAUCAACGCCACAGGCAAUUUCAACGGCUUCCUUCCACAUGCUACAAGCUCGACCAAUGGUCUAGACGGGGACAGCCAGAGUCCGUUUGCUUUUGUACAUCCUAUUGCCAGCAUCGUGAAUCGAAACCGAGGCACACUAGAUGAUAUCAGCUUGGAAGCUCGAGAUUGCCUGACGCUCUGGCAAAGCAUGCACAGGCAUCAGACUACAGCAUUUCCUAUCCCUGAAAAGCUCAAUCCCUCGCUUGCUCUGCCUUCAAUAGUCAAAAAGGCCGAUGUUAUCGAUUGGGAGUCAAGCCUGAAAGAUUGUCUUUUGCCCUGGAUGACAAAACCAGAGUCUCCUUUCGAGGUGGUCCGAGAUGAGCUCCUGCAAAAAAUGCUCGACAGCGACGGAGAGGGUUUGUCUUGCCCGAUAGAUAGCAAGCGGCGCCAGGUUCAGAAGAGCGAAGCCGUGGCUGAUGAGUCUAAUUUGCAACUCCUCUUGGAUCUUCAUCACAGACGAGGUCUGCCUGCCAUCAUGUUCAACUACGACCGCAGCGAGUGCGAAAAGAUCAUGCGUUUCGUGAUCGCUAAGCUGGAGGAGUACGAAUUAAGAUGGAAAAAUACAAGCAAAGAAUGGUUGAAGACCAUGAGCGAAUAUGAGACAUGGAAAAGGUCGCAAGAAAAGUCGACAAAGGCUCUCGCUGCCGUCAAAAGGUCUACCCUGGACGAAGACGUCUCCAAGUUAGAUAUAAUACGCGAGCAGACGACAAAAGACGCAAGCAAGUGGGAGUACUUCGAUCCGGACCAGCCACUGCCGAGAUUUUCUUUUGCAGAUUCAAGAGCAUGCCCGAGCGAGGAUCUUGAAGGGCUCCUCAAGAGACUAAGGUGGUCGAAUCUCCAUCCGACCUUCAUCAAUGGCCUAAAACGGGGCGUUGGCGUCCACCAUGCCGGCAUGAACCGUCAAUAUCGUCAAGUGCAGAACUUGCUGUCCGAAUUCGGCGCGCCGCUGAAUUUUGCCGGGCUGGUCAGCCACCUGUACUUCACCGAAAACUCGGUUUUUGCCUUCCAUUCACUUCUAAAAGGCGGUUACCUUCACAAUCUCUGUGCCAACGUCCACGAAAGGCCAAACGAGGUUGUACUUGAGCUUUUACUCGUACUUUCUCAUCUCUUCUGUCGCCAGCCGUGUCCCCGAUUCCGAGACAACGAGUGGCUGGAAACAAUCAAAAAGUCGUCGUCCAAAGUCAUUCUUCCUCCUCUGCCACACGAGGCACUGGAAAUACUCCGCGAGCACAACCGGGAGACGUUGAGCAUCUUCAAAAGGUACGUGCAGACGUACGUUCGUCAGCACUUAGCCAAUACCCCUGACGACAGGCUGCCGUUUUCCGGGUAUCGUGUCGGAAAUGGCAACCAAACCCCAGCGUCCCUAUCCACCCCUACGCCCGAAAUCCGAUCCCCAUUCGCAGCACUUUCCGGCUUCGACGACUCAUUUGAAUCAGUCAGAGAUUUGUGCACUAUGCUCCGUGAGGGCGUCUUUCUCGAGGAGUCGGCCGUGCCCUAUAUUUGUGUUUAUCCAGAUGACACAGACGGGAGGCCCUGGAACGCUUAUCUGUACGACUUUUUCAAGCACGGCGACCUCAAGACACUGGUUAGGAGCAAUGGCAUCAAGGCGGGUGACGUUUGGUUCCGCCUGAAGGACUUCUCGCUGAUCUUGGCCACUAUUGUCACAAGCCUGGACAGUUUUCUGAACCCGAAGUCAGGCUAUCCCGACAUGACAGAGGUGCAAGACGCGUUCGACAAAAUGGAAGACGAUCAGGAUGAGGGCGAGGAGUAUAACAUCCCUGGCAUUAAGGUCCAGCUGCCAAAGGAAAAUGCCGCCAGCAAGAAAACGGCGAGAAAGGCUGUAUUGGCGGACUCUUGGGAUCAAGUUGAGGAGUCCAGCGAGGCUGACUAUAGCUCCGAGAGCGAGGCGGAUGGCGAGUCAGACAGUGCUCCUUCGGAGGAGGAAGACCGGGCUAAUUUGAUGAACAUUCUUAAGACAUUCAAGAUCCUCCAACAGGCAAUGACCACCUCAGAGGGAAAAUACGCCGAAAAAACAGACGAAAAACUGCCAAUAAGACCAAUUCUCAAAAAGGAAGGGACAAAUCGUGUCCGAUUCGAUCCCGGUGCGCAGACCAGAACGUUGCCCAGGGAAACAAGCACAGAACAGGGAAAGAGAAAUGUGCACGUAGGACGCGGAAAUUACAGUGAACAAAAAGAUGACGGUUAUCGUCAAUACGAAUGGGAGAAGGCCUUUACAAGGGAGGAUUCUUGUAGGGAACGUGUAGACAACAGACAUGAGUCUGUCGCGUAUGGUUCUUCUCGGGAGCGGAACCGGGAUCGAGAUGGAGUUCGGCCGAGCACGGAACGGCGUUUGACCAGCUUUAGAAAUUAUCAUGGUUUCGGAAGAACCGAUGGCAAGUACACGUCUCCGAAGCACGAGAUAGAAGUGUUCGUCACAGGCCGGACCACCGACUAUAGGAUACAGAUUGUCGUAGAAUAUAAGGACCUUAGCAAGCAUACACUGGUUAGGAGCAAUGGCAUCAAGGCGGGUGACGUUUGGUUCCGCCUGAAGGACUUCUCGCUGAUCUUGGCCACUAUUGUCACAAGCCUGGACAGUUUUCUGAACCCGAAGUCAGGCUAUCCCGACAUGACAGAGGUGCAAGACGCGUUCGACAAAAUGGAAGACGAUCAGGAUGAGGGCGAGGAGUAUAACAUCCCUGGCAUUAAGGUCCAGCUGCCAAAGGAAAAUGCCGCCAGCAAGAAAACGGCGAGAAAGGCUGUAUUGGCGGACUCUUGGGAUCAAGUUGAGGAGUCCAGCGAGGCUGACUAUAGCUCCGAGAGCGAGGCGGAUGGCGAGUCAGACAGUGCUCCUUCGGAGGAGGAAGACCGGGCUAAUUUGAUGAACAUUCUUAAGACAUUCAAGAUCCUCCAACAGGGUUUUGAUACC